UCGUCUGGGAAGGGUCCCACAGCCCCAGCCCAUGGUGUCAAUGUGCAAAAGGGGACCCUGAAGGGGCCAUGGCUGCCCGCUGCUGCACUACUGGAGCAGGUACCGCCCGCUGCUCACCGCCGCCAGUCGCCCACCACUCACCGCCGCCCGUCACCAUCCGCAACAAAUGGCAGUCAGAGGGACCUCACCGCCACUGCCCAUGGGUGCCUCCGCCGACCACAGUAAUAAAGGACGACCCUUUGAACUGGCUGUAGACGCUGGCUGUGGUACAGGAAGAUCAACCCGGCCUCUGGCAGAACAUUUCUGUAAAGUGAUUGGAAUAGAUAUAAGUGAGAGCCAGAUAAAUGAAGCAAGAAAAUGUACACCACAAGAGAACAUCACUUAUCAGGUCUCCUCAGUUGAGAAGAUGCCAUUGGAAGAUGCCUCUGUGGAUCUAGUUAAUGCAGAUACUGCUACUCAUUGGUUCCCCAUAGACCAAUUCAUUCUAGAAGUAACUCGUGUACUAAAGAACAGAGGCUGUCUGGCAUUGCAUUGUCUGUAUCCCAAAUUUACCAUACAAUAUAAGAAUUGUUCAGAGACGUUAACAAACAUUUAUAAUGAGGCUAUGGACAAACUUUUCACAUUAGCAGAAAAGGCUAAUAAGAUCAUGACAUCUAUGUAUGAAGAAAUGUUUAAGGCCUUGCCAUUUGCUGAUAAGAAAAGGGUCACGGACAUUACAGAAGUGUUCCAUGUAUCCCUGGAAGAACUCUUGGGUUAUUUAAAGGCCUUAUGUAUGUGCCACAAAUUUCUAAGUGUAGAUGAGGCUGGAGCCACUGCUUUUUUACAAUCUGUGGAGAAAAGGAUGACAGACACCAUGGGGGAACUGUCUGGUGAGGAGACCCUGGAGUUCCACAUAAAUUACUUCUGCAUCCUGGCUUGCAAAUCAUAACCUGCUCUGAUUUCUGUCAUUCUCAUUGUAUCACUCGGAUGAAGAAUAAAUAAUGAUGCUCUUCAUUAUCUACUAA